AUGCUCCGUCAUUCGUGCUUACUAGUUCGUUUCACAGUGGGCCUGCUGCAAAACAUCUGUAAGCAACUUCAAUUAUACUUCAGGAUACUCCAAAAAGCAAGGCCUUUCAUUACCCGUAAGCUGUGGGACUCGCAAGUUGGUCACAAUGGCUCCUCUUCCUUUCCAUCUGUCAACAGUCCUCCGACCCCUUUCACCGUCACUCGCUACAGUUCGCCUCAAAUCCAACGUCUUUGCACUCGUCCUGUUUUCUCUUAGAAAUUUGUUUCCACCAUUUAGAGCAGUCCGAUCUCUGGUAUUGCAAGCCUGUGACGCUGCGCAAGGGAGGUUCGGCAGAGAAAAGAGUUUUGGAGAGAUUGGAUUAGGAUUAGGGGAGGCUUUGAUAACCUUGGUCCUUGUGUGGAAUAUUGUCGAGGCAAUUGUAGCCUUGCAGUACCCGUCUACAUACGUGCCUCCUCAACCGAAAGGGAUGGAGUUGACGCCUUCAAAGGUAUCUUCUCCUCUCACACGAUCUUACACCCCCCACCCAUCAACGCCCCCACAGCCACUGUCUCGCCAAGUCUAUCGUCCGUCACCAUCAUCCUUGAAUCAACCAGCUCAGACCGCUGUUCAGCAGACUCCAUCAGGGCCGUCCCAUGCCGCUGCGCGGACUGCUCUCAGUAAUUCUACCUCUACUUCACUUUCCAGUUCUACAGCCAAGAUACUCAACCUUCCUCCAACUGAGUCACCUAGCAGCGGGCUUUUCUACGAAAGGGGCCAAGGGAGGUCUCCUCAAGGUACGGCCGGAAUUAAUGGAGCGACAAAUAUGGGAGGAGACUUUGUGCUUGUCGACAGGGACGAAAAGGAAUGGGUGGAUAAUGUGUGGAAAGGCGUCAAGGGCAAGGGAGGGCGAGUGGGAUUAUGAGUCGGUGCGGGCAUAGCGAUGGCAUUCAUUAUCAUACAACAUAAUAUAGCAUAUGCAGUCA